AUGGCUGCACCGCAAAGUCUGAGCCCGGCCAGUGGGGAAGGGUGGUUGUGGGGGUUGGGGGAGUGGAAGGGUGAAGGAGUAGGCCCUGGCUGGAGUGGGGUGGUCCAGGAGGAAGCAGGUACAGCCAUCACUGCAGGCACCGGGCACCAGCAUGUGAUCUCUCUGCUGGUUUUGCAUGACCCUGAGCAGAGGUGCAGCUGCUGGCCCGAGGUCCGGCUGAGCCACCCUCCAAGGACACCCAAGGGGUGUCCUGGCUGGGCUGGCUUGGAAGGGCUCACCCGCUUUUGGAAGGUCCUUUGA